UAAAUUAAAAAAAUCCAUCUCAGCUCUCUCUUCUCUCGCCACUCUCUCCCAGUCUCCCUCAAGCUCGUCGCCGGCUCCUCAAGCUCGUCGCUGCCUCAAGCUUGCGUCGCCACCUCAAGCUCGUCGCUGCCUCAAGCUUGCGUCGCCACCUCAAGCUCGUCGCUGCCUCAAGCUUGCGUCGCCACCUCAAGCUUGUCCCUGCCUCAAGCUCGCGUCGCCGCCUCAAGCUCGUCGCAAGCUCUGUCGCGCUAAGCUCGUCUUCCUGGCUUCUCUGUUCGAGGCUUGGAGCAGCUCGCCGCCGUAUCGCCGGUCGCCGUCAUUUCGCCGGUCGCCGUCCGUGUCUCCGUCUAAGGUUUAGUGUGAUUAGGGAUUACUUGUUGCUGUUUAGUGCGCCGGUAACAUUUCUGGACAAGAUGGCUUAUUGGACUGUUAAAUCGCUCAGAUUCCCCACUGAUCUAUUCUUUCAGUUUAUGAAGGGGAAAGGUCCUUUUACAAAGAAGAAGACAUUGCUAUUCCAGUAAAUGUGUUAGAUCCUUUUCAUUUGCAGAUUUUUCCCUCACGUGUUCCUUCUUCUCUGCGGAAUUUGAGGAUCUGCAUCUGUGGCUGAUCUCUGUCUCUCCUCUGCCGUUGUCGUGCCUCUGUCUUCUAUGUUAGCAGUUCAUUGAAGGUGGAGCAGAGGCUGAAAUAAACUCAGAUAGUGAAGUUGACUCAGUGGAAAACCUGAAUGAAUCAAUCCUUCUUCAGGAUGAAGAACAUGAAAACAAAGGAAAAGAUGAGAGCUGUGAAGCUGCAGUGCAUCUGAAAGGGAAGAUGCAACUGACGAGUGUCAAGAAUGGCAAAGAGAAUGACAGAAAAAGAAAGGUCAGAAGUUGAGUUCAAGGCUUUGUUGAUGGAGCGCAUUGCGCUGGUUUUCAUCGCCGCCAUCACUGCUUCAAUAUGGUGGCCAUGUGCAGCACACACCGUGGCCACUUGCCCUAGUACUGAUGAUCUUCACACGUGGUCAUUUAUUUCUCUGGUGCUGUUUACCUACACCAUCAUGCCCGCAUUCUACGUUUUCCGGUGGUUCUAUACCGCCGAGAUGUCACCGUGGGUAGGGAGAAUCCUCUUCAUUCUGGAGAGGUUGCUGGUGGUAGUUAUGCCUGCUGCGGUUCCCCGGGGAUCCAUCUUUGUUAAUCCAACUUUCUUAAUGUAUUUCUUGUCUCUUCUCGUUACUGGCGCAUACUUCCUCUGCUGCCUUGAUCGAUUUUUAUUCUUUGUUGACAGUAAUAGCUUCUGUUCUGAUGAAACCGGUAUAAAUUCCGCCAAAAGAGAAGUAGAAGAAAAGGAUCAUGAUAAUGGGAAAGACCACGAGGAGGAAAAGGAAGAGGAAGAGGUUCACCCAAGUGAUGAUGAAUUCAAAGAGGAAGAGGAAGAGGAAGAGGAAGAGGUUCACACAAGUGAUAAUGAAUUCAAAGAAGUAGUGUGGGUGGAAGAGGUUCACCCAAGUAAUGAUGAAUUCAAAGAGGAAGAGAAAGAGGUUCACACAAAUGAUAAUGAAUUCAAAGUAGUAGUGUGGGUGGAAGAGGUUCACACAAGUGAUAAUGAAUUCAAAGAAGUAGUGUGGGUGGAAGAGGUUCACCUAAGUAAUGAUGAAUUCAAAGAGGAAGAGAAAGAGGAAGAGGUUCACACAAGUGAUAAUGAAUUCAAAGAAGUAGUGUGGGUGGAAGAGGUUCACCUAAGUAAUGAUGAAUUCAAAGAGGAAGAGAAAGAGGAAGAGGUUCACACAAGUGAUAAUGAAUUCAAAGUAGUAGUGUGGGUGGAAGAGGUUCACCCAAGUAAUGAGGAAGAGGAUGAUGAGUCUACGAUUUCGGAGUGGCUAAGUAAGAAGACGAAUAAAGAAUGCUCCAAGUGUGAGGCAAUGUUGGGUGAAUGGCACUUAGCAUUUGAGAAGAUGGAAAAAUUGGCCACAAUGUUUAUGGAAGAUGCCAUGAUGGAAGCAAAGAAAAGGCAACAACAAUUGGAAGAAUUUUAUAAAAAAGAGAUAUCAGAAUUGGAUCAAGAAAUCCAAGCUUUAAACCAAGAAAGAGAGGAAUUGCUCGAUACAAUAGAAGAACUAACAAAGUCAGAGGAAGAAGCCAGAGAUUUGUACGAAAAGGAGAAAAAAGAGCGGGAGCAAGAAAAGCUUUCAUCAGCAAUAAAAGAAGCCGAAAAUUUUAGACAACAAUUGUUGGUUGAACAUUAUCGGGGUUUUGCAUGGAACGGUCAUUGCUAGUUAGUUAGAAUUAGUCCAAAACUAAACUCUUCUUUUAGAGAAAAUACUUGAUUUGCUCUCUGAAAUUACACUCAAGUCUCUAUUUAGUCCUUAAAAUUUUAAUCGUUUCAAUUUAGUUUCUAAACUUUUCGA